AUGGCUAGCACAAUCAUGUUGCUUGUAUCCGAUGUAGCAAGAGCUUUGCCACUAUGCGUCUCGAAAGAUGAAUGCAAAUCCCCUUUCGGUAUAUGGUGUGGUGAUGGAAGUGGAGGAACGUGUUUCCAUUUUUCUUGUCAAAUGGAUAUAGAUUGUAGGAAACUUGUUCGUUGUAAUACACCAGGACCUUAUUGUAGGAAGGGAGUAUGUAGUUGUUAAAGAAAAAUGCAUAGUUUAUUAUGUAACUUCUAAUGCAUUAAUGAAAUAAAUUUUUUAGGUAAUUCUGUUUUCUGGAUCUGUUGUCGAUUUAUA